AUGGAGCAGGCGUUUGGAGCUGCGUAUGAUCCAGCCGUGAGCAAGCGCAGCCGCCCCGGGCAUCCUCCACCCCAGGGAGAACCGGAGGGGCCUGUGCUAUACAAGCAGAAGAAGGAACUGGAGAACAGAUUGGCCUCUAUGAAAACCUUUGUGGAGAGUGGGCAAGCAGAUGACGAUCAGAUGCGAGAAUUUUACCUCCUGCAAAUCCAAAAAUGGAUCAGCAUCAGCCUUGAGGAAAUAGAGAGUAUUGACCAAGAAAUGGUCAUUUUAAAGAGCAGAGCUACAAUAAAACAGUCUUCAGCACCACCACAUGGUACUUCCCGGCAAGUCAGGACUCCAUUGAAACCUUUCAUUCUCACCCGGGAUGCUGCUCAGGCUAAAGUGUUUGGUGCUGGAUACCCUGGUGUGCCAACGAUGACAGUGGAUGACUGGUACGAGCAGCGCCGGAGGCAAGGGGUCAUGCCUGGCCAGAGCGUCCCACAGAGAACACCAGCAGGUGUAAAUGAUGAAGAACUGCAGAAGAAGCAGCAGGAGAAAAAAGAGGAAGAGGAUGAUGAGGAAGCUCUUCAAAAAGCUCGGAACUGGGAUGAUUGGAAAGACACACACCCAAAAGGCUAUGGCAAUAGGCAGAAUAUGGGUUGACGCUCCAGCUGCAGGAAAACUAGGGCUUGGAAAUCCUGCAAGAAUGCCUGUGUCCCAGAGAUACAGGAGUAAAUACACUGUACAUACGCAGA